GAAGGUUACUCUGCUUCUACCUCCAAGUCCACAUUCCCUUCUGCUUCUGAGGAAGUUCAAAACAUUGCAGAUAGUACCAGCACUAGCAAUCUGAAACCAGCACCACUUGCAGCAAGUAAUGAACCAAAGGCAACCACCUCAUACAUUCGGCCAAAAGAAGGUGCAGUUUUUUCUCUUACUUUUCGUUCCAAUCUUUUUUUUUAUGAUUUCCACUUGUUACGAAGUCAAUACUGCCAGAAAAUGGUGGGAUCUACAUUUAUGGACAUGUUAUAUUUCGACGUGGAGGAUAAGGAAGUGCCACUCUUAUACUAAUGGUCAAUGCUCAAUGGAUUAGUAUCUCAAUCUCUAUGGGUUGUUUGAAUGAUGGUUUGUCGAAAUGUGUAGAUUCUGAUCCCAAAUUUGAGUGGUAUUUUGGAAAAGUAUUGGUAGGUCGUGCUUAUGAACCAUGUUCCAACCAGAAGAAUGUGUAGUUAUUGCAUCAAAGGUUUAGGAUAAGUGACUGAAUCAGCACCUGUGCAAAACCAAGCUGCUGCUCAGAAGCUCCUCCAGAAGAUGGCACCUCCUAGACAAUUCGACCGGCGCUCCAGAGGCCGUGGACAAUACAGAGGAAGGGGGAGAGAUGACGAGGAAGAAUCUCAGACUUGGACGCUAGAGGAGUGGCAAAAUAGAAACAGUGGAGCUAAGCCACACACCAGAAACGAGUUCCCAGAUACCAGCAAUGACGAGGAUCUUGCAUGGCAGCUCCAAAACCAACUCGACAUGGAAGAUUCUCAUGUGCAAAGAGGACCACAAGACGCGGUAGCAACCGACAUUAGGAUGUCCAUGUUCAACUUUAAGAGGGAUGGUGACGGCGGUCAUGGCAUGGACCGGCGGGGUGGUAGAGGAAGAGGAAGGAGAGGCAGGGGCAGUGGAAGGGGAAGAGGGAGAGGAAGACAUGGUUGAAUGUGAUGAUCAUACCUUUCUAUACCCCCUCACCUGUGAAAUGACUGUUGCACUUUGGCUACACGCAGCAUUCCUCUAACCAGGCGAAAAAUGAUCAAGGAGAUGAAGUUCUUAAACGUCUUGAAUGUUGCUUUACUUUUCACCAUAGCCAUAGCUUCUCACUGUCUGAUCUUAAGUUACUUAACUUGUUCAGGUCGAAAGAUCGCUGUACAUAACCGACUAGUUUUCAGAACCCUCUUUAUCAUGUACACCAAUACUAACUGGUUCGUCAAUCGUCACUCCCACUCAUGUCUUGUUAAACUUCUUUUAUAUAUAUAUUCUUCGGACUGAUAUAGUGGUUAGGCUCACGAA